AGCCGUGUCCAUUGAAAGUCGGAAGUUGUUUUCUAGUUAGUGAAACUUUACAAAAUGGCAGAAGACAACUCUUAUGAGUCCAUGCUCUGCGUCAAGCCCGAGGUCCACGUUUACAAGAUCCCGCCGCGCGCCUCUAACCGUGGAUAUCGUGCUGCUGACUGGAAGCUGGAUGAACCUUCAUGGAGUGGAAGGAUGAAAAUCACUGCCAAAGGCAAGAUCGCUUUCAUAAAGUUAGAAGACAAAAACACAGGAGAGCUGUUUGCACAAGCUCCAGUUGACCAGUAUCCAGGUUGUGUGGUUGAAUCAGUCACCGACUCCAGCAGGUAUUUUGUGAUACGGAUAGAGGAUGGCAAUGGACGUCAUGCUUUUAUUGGUCUGGGCUUUGCUGAUCGUGGAGACUCAUUUGACUUCAAUGUUGCUUUACAAGACCAUUUUAAAUGGGUGAAGCAAGAGGGUGAGCUCGCAAAAAUGGAAGCUUCUGAGGUCACAGCCCCGAAGCUGGACCUGAGCUUCAAAGAGGGACAGACAAUCAAGAUCAGCAUUGGGAACAUCAAGAAAAAGGAUGCGGGUGGUAUCAAACCGCGGGGGGCGGUUGGAGGUCUGCUCCCACCCCCACCAGGCAUAAAGGCUGGAGGCAUGGUGCAACCUCCUGGAGGACAAGAGGCAGUCCCAGCUGUUCAAACUAACACGGACACUCUUUUAGACUUCGGUUCCCAAGUCCCUGCAGCCCAGCCCAGCUCGGACGGUUGGGGGGAUUUCACAUCGGCAGGUUCCAACUCCAGUAAAGAUGCUGUCCAAUCAGGAUGGGUGCAGUUUAGUUGAGUUGUGAGAAAAUGUGCACACACUCAGGUUCCACACAUUCCGUGGGCAGGACCAUUUUGGCAAAAAGAAACUAAAAGAGAGGAACUGUUAGUAAAAACUUGACCGCCUCCGUCACUGCUUUUGUUCUGUAAAGAGUCUGUUUAUGUUGACCAUAGCCCGCUGACCAACACAUUCUGAAGGAACAAACAGCUAAAUGUACAGAAUUUUGACAAUAUGACUAUUCUUUUCAUACUCUUUGCUAUGCAGUGAGGUUUGUCUUUUGACUUUUAGUCUGGUAGCCUCUAAACUGUCAUUGUUAGAGACUCUGCUCUCUCAGAAAAGUGAGAGUACUGUUGGUUGAAGUUCAAGGUUGUUUCCUUACACUAACAGGUGCGUGUCCACCGCUUUAAAUCAACUGCCCCUUUAUUUUAUUUCUACUUUCUAGUCAAUCUGUCAAAAAACAGAUUUGAAUCAUAUCCCUCUAUUUUUUCUUCUGCUGUCAGUGUAACAUUUAUCUCAUUACACCAGCACAUCUCAUCUCAUGAUUAUCUGAACCAUUUGGGAAUACAUAAUGAUUUACAAUUGAAGUAUAUAUGUUUUGUUUAGCUUGUCUGUGAAUGUGUUAGUGAUCUUACAUUAAAGUUUAAUUAGGUCGGCCCCGGGCACAGAAUGGCGCACAUUACAUGGCCCAAACAUGCUCGCUGUGCAUGGCAAAUGGCUCGAUUGCACAGUUUAACAAUUCAAAGAUCCCUGCUUGAACUUUGCUCUAGAUGUAUGAAAUUCAGGAGAUGUGUCUAUCAGGCAGAAGCCUCUUGGAGCUGGACGCUAUACCCAACAGGAAAUUUGCCAUUUUGAAUUUAUCGGUCAAAUCUUUUUCAGUCUAAUCCUGAUACUUUCAUUGUAAUUAAAUGCAAAGGGUUUUAGUUUCUGGCCGUUGCGCAGCGGGAAGGUGAGUUUUUUUUUCUUAUUUAAAGAAAGUCCAAUUGCCCAUGUACACUUACUACAUACCACAACCUGGAUUACUGACAAUCUUCAGUCCUUCAACAAUCACUCAACUCCUGAAGAAGGUGGAGAGGCCUGUUGUCAAAGAGGGAAAAAAAAGCUGGACAUGGUGCCAGGCUUUUUGUACGGGCGACUUUUCAAAGAAGAAGCAAAUCAUUUCUGCCUUAUUAUAAGAAAAGAAACCAUUAGCAACUCUGGACAAGUCAUUUCAGUAAGGGAUAUUUCGUUGUCCCCAGAAAUGAUUGUGAUAAAUGAUAUUGUAAUAAUUUUGGAACCAGUUCAUACCACUGAUGAUAAUAUUAUAGCAUAUUCAUAAUUUACCUUUCAAAUACCAAUGAACUUUGAAGUCUUGAGAAAAUUCAGUCUGACAUUUGAAUUAGAAAAUAUUCAAAUGUCGUAAAUAAAAAAUGAUUAAAAUAAACCACACACAACCAAAACAAUAAUGAAAUGGACACUCUGGCAUGGUUAACAAAAGUCACCUCACUUUCUUCUCCUCUAUGCUGUUGACCUAUGAUGAUGUGUAAAGCCUUUGUCCCCCUGUCUGUGUGGCUGCUAGCCUGGUUGUUCAGCCACCAGAUUGUCAAGGACCAGAAACAAAACAAUUGGGUCUGGCAAGAUGCCUUGGUAGUGCCCCUACUGACCCUGUUGGGUAAAUUUCUCCUUGAUAUAUGAAAUGUUGUAGACAGAUAUAUCAGGCAAAAACAUGUUUAUUUGGAAAUGUUAUGGUCAUGUCAAUUGUAGCUCUCGUCUUUACCCUGAGGCCUGUGAAUUACCAGGUUUUCUUUUCUUACCCAUCCCCAAGUAAAGUAAUAAUUACUACUUAUUUUGUCACCUCCCCCCUCUCCUUUGUCUUGGGAUUAUGGUGAAAGUUCAUGUGUAAAACAGUCAGCACUACUUGUGAAUUCUCAUUGUUAGUAUCUUUGUCUCUUUCUUCCCAUUCUGUUGUGACUCUACUUGAAAUGUUACACACCGUCCUGUCUCCAUUUCCAAAGCAGAAGUUUUUUAGAUUAGAAGUAGAAUCCAUUGUUUCACCUACACAAUCUAUCCAAGGAGCGAGGGCCCUUCAAUACUCCUCGCACCUUAAACUUUAUGUUGAUGUUUUAAAUCGUCAUCAGAAAUACAAUUUAUCAUCACUGUGUUGGGAUAGAGUCGUGAUCGCCAUUUUGUCUGUGAUUCAAAGUUUGAAAAUGGUUGUCUGUUCAUGUUUGUUUACACCCUCAAUGUUUUUUCCUCAUGUUUUUUUUCAUGUGCCUUUUACCAAAUAGAAUUUUCCUUUAUCUUGUUGAUAAUUUGCAACAAGAAUUUGAUCAAGUGCCUUUCUGAAAAAGAUCUAAAACUUAUAAAAUGUUAUGUUUCCAUGUAAAUAAACAAUGUAUUUCAUUGGA